AUGGAUUUGGAAACAGCACGUGCAAAUUAUCCAAACAGACUAGAGAGGUUAGAAGAAGAACGUCUUAUGGACAUGCCUUUCGAUGUUAGUGAACCUCAAGUUGAAGGACACGACGGCUUUGCCAGAUUCUACUGGAAACAUGACGAACAAUUGCAUCCUUUGAGAAGGAAAAAAGGAAAAGGUGAAGACGCACAUGCUCCCAUGGAAAGAACAAGAUAUGCAUAUGAGAAGUAUCGUGAAGUUAGAAGUCAAAUUACAUCUGGUCGAACCUUUACAGUAAACUUUGACGAAGGAAAGAACAAAGAAGGCUUCAUGGGUGUACUUGCUGCCAUACAAGACGGAAAUAAGAAAGGACACAAUCUCAGAUUGACCAUAACAGAUUUGGAUGGUCACAUUUACUAUGCAUAUGGCAAUGUCACAACAGCUGCAAUGCUUCUUGACGCUUUCAAGACUACAAAGAGAGAACAAAUGGUUGACUCCGACUCAGACAUUUUGAAUGCAAUUGAAGGAAUUGCAAGUGUCAAGUUCGAAUGGUACCAACCUAACCCUCAAGCAGUCAGACAACAUGCUGGAUACUUCCCGUUCAGAAAUAAGUCUGACAUUGACUUGACAAGGUAUGGAAUUUACAAUUCAAUUGAAACAAUUGUCAACGAACCUUGUAUUCUUACAUGUCUCAGGAACUCUGGUCUUGUUACAGAUGAGAAAAUGAAGUAUCUUGAGUCAUGUGUGAAGACAAGGUACAUUCUCAGAGGUCAAUUGGCAAAAAUUGCACCGUUGGCAAAUGUCAAUAUCCGAGUCAACAUACCUACAGCUAAAGGUUCUUCACAUGACGACUAUGUUGUUGACUUCAAAUUGCCAUGGUUGAAGAUUGUAAUUGUCCACAACCACUUCAUGUUGAACGAAAGUCUUACACACCCGUUGUUCGGAAAAGGCAAGUGCAACAUUGUCAGAGCUGUAAACAUUCUUUUCGAGAAAGGUUUGUUGGAACCAAUUCCAGAUGACAAGCUGACAGAAACUUUUGUACCAAAAGACGAAACAAACUUUUCACUGUUAGCAAGACCAAAAGUUGUUCCAGACAAAGUUCUAGUACAAAAGAAGUACACAGUUCCACAAGGAGUUGGAUUGUUCGGAUA